GGACUUUGGGGGUUCGCCUGCCUCUAUAAAAGCUCUGUUUGUGCCCUGAGUGAGCUCCAUUCCCCAACAUGGAGAGUCAGAGAAUCCAGUCCUCGUACAGGAAGCGUUUUGGGCCUCAGGGCUCGAGCGGCACAGGAGUCAGAAUUGGGAGCCUGUCUUCUGGCCGUUUCUCCUGGCAUGGCACCCCUCGCAACCUCACCCACUCCAGCCCCAUAUCCCGGAUCUCCUUAGGCUCCACCAAUGCUGCCCUGCUCCUGGGGAGCCCUGUGGACCGGCUGGACUUCUCGGCUGACUCUCUGAUGAAGGCCCAGUACAAGGAGACACGCACCAAUGAGAAGGUGGAGAUGAUGGGCCUGAAUGACCGUUUUGCCAGCUACAUAGAGAAAGUGCGCCUGUUGGAGCAGCAGAACAAGGUGCUGGUGGCGGAGCUGAACCAGCUGAAGGUGAAGGAGCCCAGCCGACUGGGAGACAUCUACCAAGAGGAGCUGAGGGAGUUGCGCAGGCAGGUGGAUGGUCUCACUGCUGGCAAAGCUCGGCUGGAGAUAGAGAAGGACAACCUGGCUGCAGAUCUGGCCAUGCUGAAGCAGAGGUUGCAGGAUGAGCUUGGCCUCCGACAGGAUGCAGAGAACAAUCUGAAUGCCUACAGACAGGAUGUGGAUGAGGCGGCUCUAAAUCGUGUCCAAUUAGAGAGGAAGAUCGAAGCUCUGCAGGAUGAGAUAAAUUUCCUGAAGAAGACUCACGAGGAGGAGCUGCGUGAGUUACAGGAGCAGAUCAUGGCCCAGCAAGUGCAUGUUGACCUGGAUGUAUCUAAACCAGACUUGACUGCUGCUCUGAGGGACAUCAGGGUCCAGUAUGAAACCAUGGCCUCCUCAAACAUGCAGGAGACGGAGGACUGGUACCGAUCCAAGUUUGCUGACCUGACAGAUGCAGCCAAUCGAAACACAGAAGCCCUGCGUCAAGCCAAACAAGAGGCCAAUGAAUACCGGCGUCAGAUCCAAGCUGUGACCUGUGAUCUUGAGGCUCUCCGUGGUACAAACGAGUCUCUGGAACGCCAGCUCCGGGACAUGGAGGACCGCUUUGCCAUGGAGACCUCUGGUUACCAGGAUACAGUGAGCCAUCUGGAAGAGGACAUCCAUGGACUGAAGGAGGAGAUGGCGAGACACCUGCAGGAGUACCAGGACCUUCUCAAUGUCAAGCUGGCCCUGGAUAUCGAGAUUGCCACCUACAGGAAGCUGCUUGAGGGAGAGGAGAGCAGGAUCACCAUUCCAGUUCAGAGCUUUUCCAACCUGCAGUUUAGAGAAACUAACCUGGACACUAAAACCCCAGAGGCCCAUGUGAAGAGGAGCAUCCUGGUCCGAACUGUGGAGACCAGAGACGGGGAGAUCAUUAAGGAAUCAACAACUGAACACAAAGAUCUUCCUUGAAGUUACGUCUUCAGUUGCCAUCUGAAGAUUUUCAACAGUUACAAUUUUACUGUGUUUACCAAACCCCCAGCACUGUUCCGCCAGAGUCAUCAUCUUACUUUCUCUCUUUUCAUCACGUGCCGGCUAAUUUGCUCACUGCCCUGCGACAAUAACAUACCCAUUAAAUACUCCUAGACUCCCUCAUUAGAGUUUCUCCCAUAAACAUCUAAGUUGAGCUUUUGUACAGCUGUGAGUAGGAUGUAGGUAACUUAUCUUAAAUGGUCCGUAGCUUGUUCCAGUUAAAACAACCGGAAGUCACUGGUAACCUGUUUAAUUUUGACUCAAAACAGAUUUGUAGUUUCAGAUUAGCUGCCAUAGAUGAGGCCUUGAAACAUAGCGAUUGUGUUCAGCUAAUAUGUAGCGUGGUGGAGGUUGAUGUUUGGUUAUGUGUAUGUGAAAUGUGAAAUGUUGCAAGGGAAGUACGAGAGAGAGUUGCAGGUUUUGCAGACAUCAGAACUGGAUUUAGGCGGGAGAUGAGAGGUGUGUGUAUGUUAGAGCAGUUUUUGGUGGAACGACAGGUGAAUAUGGGCUGUUUUUUAACCCUUGUCAGGUGCUAUUUUACAUUUUGUUCCUUUGUUGCAACAGCCACCUCUGUUUGUGUGUUGCCUCUUGUACAGGUGUUUUCAGUUAGUGCAUUCCUGUCUCACUUCUGGCUGAUGUGUGCUCAGAUUGGGGUUUAGUGGAAAUCAUUAAACCCAAUCUAGUAUGUGGGCAAACAACCUCCAAUUGCUCACGUAAAACUACAAAAUUAGGAGAUAAAACAGCAAAUUUAUCGAUGGCAUGCUGGGCAGUCAGUGAUCUAUAGACAUUAAAAUCAGGAAUUGAGUUUGCAGACAUGUACGUUUACUGACGUCAAGGAAGUGCACCACACCAAGCCCAAAGGCACACCAAUCAAGCAAGAUUUCUCAAUAAAUAAAAAUCCUGAGGACAUCAGAAAUACAGAGAUAGCUGACAGGCAAUCAAGAUGAAAUCUCUGCAGAGUCCAAAUUAAUCAAAGGUGUGAUGUUUGAUGUAUGAGUUUUGGCGUCAGCAUCCCAAUUAUCUUGAAAUUGCAGCACCACUCAGCUGUUGUAAAAAACAACAACAUUUGCCUGAAUUCUGUCUUAAUCUACUUGUGCAGUCAUUUGCAUAACAGCCCAUUUUAGCUGUGUGUGUUUUUUCCACGCCGCUGCACCAACAGCAGAUGCUUAAUGUUUGUAUGCUUUCCACUCAGAGGGCAGUGACCAUGGCAACCUUUACAGUGCUGUCACAUGCAUACAGUUUACAAAAAUCCACCCCAUCAACAGGUGCAACAAAAUUAACAAAGUCCGAAGAGCCUGUCCAAACCCACACAGUCCUUAGCGGAGGUUUAAUGAGCCAAAAUAUACAAGAGCAACUUUCUUGCAUCACUUUAUUUCUGCUCUUCUGCUUCCUCCAUCCAUCGCACACUCCGCUCUUGGCGUCCUCUGUUUCUUGAACACAACCUGGUAAGACAUUUUUUGACACCAAGAUGCGUCAGUCCGGACAUGCCCACUUAUCCAGCAGGGGUGAUAGGGACAGAGCCAGGUUGGAGGUGUGGAGGAGGUGUUUGGAAGCUGUCCUCCAGCCUCCGGUUAAUCCACCAGCCUCCCUCCUUCAAAUUCACCACCCAGUUUCUGGAGUGUGUGACUGAUGGCAGAGAGGGCUGCGGAGAUAAGCUCCAACAAAUCCCACAGUACUACAAACCCUUAUUUUUCUACUUUGAAAGAGAGGAUGCUGGAGUAAAAAGGAAAAGAGGGCAGGGAUGAAGGAUUGAUGAAUGGACAUUGCAGCUCAAACACUGCAAUCCAAGCCUCCUGCUUUGCUGGAAGUCCCGCUGACUGAAGUCGUGUUGACAGGCCCUGCCACUAAUGAGAGUGGUGCUACGCCGGAGCUGGCUGUCGCUGUGCCCGUCGCCAAGGACACGCUGUGAAUUUGUGUUCCCAUGUGCCUCCCACCUUCUCCCCUCCGCAACUUCCACUCCUGUCACUCAGCCCCUUCUCCCAUUUCUCCCAAUAACAUGCAGCUAUCUCUUGUAUUCACAGUUAUUUUUUUAAAAUGUCAAUCACAGAUAGAAUCUGACUCCUGAGUCUUGUAGCAAAGAUGCAGAUAAAUCCUGCUUUUUUGGAAGAAACCUCUGCAGAUGUGAAUAUAACAUUAGUUUUGACCAGUGCCACAUGCUGUGACAUCAUGUUAACACCAAUAAAACAUUUUGUUU